AUGGCUGCUCGUCCGUGGGUGACGGUCUGGAAGAUCGAUGAGAAUGGGGAUCGGGAGAUAGACUUUGCGCUGUGGGAUAUGACUGAUGCUGAAUCUGGAGUCUUCCAGGUAGUGCUGGUGUACAACGGGACCCUGAAGCAGAUGGUGUCCCUGCCUGGGAUGAAGGUCCAGUGGCCGGGAGGAUCUGUUCCCCCUGACGUACCUCUCUGCGGCUUCAAGAACGACAACCCAAUCUGCCUCACCCAGACCGUCACGGUGCACCAGAUGAUCGUUGUGGUGAUAUGCUUCAUCUUUGUCAUCAUCAUCACCGUCGCCAUCUUCAUAUACAGGAAGUUGAAGUUGGAGAACGAGCUCGCUGCCCAGCUAUGGAGGGUAAACUUUGAGGAUAUUCAGAUGAGUAACCUGGAGAAGAUGCUGCACCGAGCCUGCAGUAAACUUACCCUGUCCAUGAGGGGGUCUAAUUAUGGCUCACUCCUGACUAUGGAGGGAAACUUCCAGAUCUUUGCCAAGACCGGCUACUACAAGGGGAAUAUCGCCGCCAUAAAGUACGUGAACAAGAAGCGCAUCGAGCUGACCAGGAAGGUCCUCUUCGAGCUGAAGCACAUGCGGGACGUCCAAAACGAGCACCUAACUCGCUUCAUCGGAGCCUGUAUCGACCCCCCCAACAUCUGCAUUAUCACCGAGUACUGUCCUCGAGGGAGUCUGCAGGACAUUAUGGAGAAUGAAAGCAUCACCUUGGACUGGAUGUUCCGAUACUCUCUCAUCAAUGACAUCGUCAAGGGCAUGGCCUUCCUCCACAACAGCGUGAUCGUUUCCCACGGCAACCUGAAGUCCUCCAACUGCGUGGUGGACAGUCGCUUCGUGCUGAAGAUCACGGACUACGGGCUGGCCAGCUUCCGCGGCGAGGCCGACUCUGAGGACGCCCACACCUUCUACGCCCGAAAGCUGUGGACAGCCCCGGAGCUGCUGAGGCAGGAGUGCCCCCCUCCCUGCGGGACGCAGAAGGGCGAUGUGUACAGUUUCGGGAUCAUACUGCAGGAAGUGGCACUGCGCAAGGGCGUCUUCUACCUGGAGGGGGAGCCACUGAGUCCUAAAGGUGAAAGGCGUGGAGGAGAGGAGGAGAGAGAGGGAGAAGAGAGAGAAGAGAGAGGAGGGAGGGAGGGAGGGAGGGGGAGAGAGCAUGCAUGCGUGCGUGUGUGUGUGUAUGGGAGUGUGUAUGGGAGGGUGUGUGUGUGUGAACAACACACACACACACACGCACCCUGUCCCCUCGGUCUCUACAGAAGCAGUGUGUCCGGUGUAUCAGAAACCCAGUGCUUAAUGCAUGUGUCCUGUCAUGUAUAUAAGAAGGCGAACCACAGGCCAAGACCAGAAAGCACAUUUCAUGGCAUUCAUUUUAUAGCUAAUGAUCUCAUCCAUAGUGGCACGAUUGCCCUCCUCUGUGUCCCCUCUGCUGUGUCCCCUCCUGUGGCCCUCCUGUGCCCCAUCCCUCUAUCUAGACCGCGUGCCUGGGAGUGGCCCUACCUGCGGCCGGCCGUCAGCCCUCAGAGCCACAGCGAGGAGCUGGGUCAGCUGAUGCAGCGCUGCUGGGCCGAGGACCUGGCCGAGAGGCCCGACUUCAGCCACGUCAAGAUCCUGCUGCACAAGCAGAACGGGUCAGUGCCCCGCCCAACCCCGCCUUCAGCCCCACCUCGCUCCGCCCCACCUUCAGCCCCGCCCAACCCCGCCUUCAGCCCGCCCCGCCCCGCCUUCAGCCCACCCCGCCCCACCUUCAGCCCCGCCUUCAGCCCUGCCCGCCACCCUCACCUCGCCCGCCUCGCCUUCAGCCCCGCCCCCCCUCACCUCCCCGCAUCCCGUCCUGCCCGCCGCUUCAGCCCGCCCGCCGCUCAGCCCGCCCGCCCCGCCUUCACCGCCCCGCACCUCGCCCGCCUUCCCGCCCACCUUCAGCCCACCCGCCCGCUUCAGCCCUGCCCCGCCACCUCGCCCUGCCUCCGCCCGCCAUCAGCCCCGCCUACCGCCUUCCGCCCUUCCACGCCCGGCCUCGCCCGCACUGCCUGUCUCAGCUUACUCUGCCCCUUUCCCUCUCUCUCCUUCUCUCUCUCUGUCCCUUUCCCUCUCUCUUUCUCUCUCGCUCUCUCUCUCUCUCUCCAUCAGGUGGUGACUCUGCUGAAUGACCUGUACACCUGCUUUGACGCCAUCAUUGACAACUUUGACGUCUACAAGGUGGAGACGAUCGGCGACGCCUACAUGGUGGUGUCGGGGCUGCCGGUGCGGAACGGGAAGCAGCACGGGCGGGAGAUCGCCCGCAUGUCGCUGGCGCUGCUCAAGGCCGUGCGCUCCUUCAGGAUCCGCCACCGGCCCGAGCAGCAGCUCCGACUGAGGAGCGGCAUCCACAGCGGCCCAGUCUGUGCAGGUGUAGUGGGGCUGAAGAUGCCGCGGUUCUGUCUGUUUGGAGACACUGUCAACACCGCCUCCCGCAUGGAGUCCAACGGCGAAGCGCUGAGAAUCCACGUGUCUGAAGCCACGCGCUCGGUGCUGGAGGAGUUUAACUGCUUCCAGCUGGAGCUUCGCGGGGAGGUGGAGAUGAAGGGGAAGGGGCGGCUCAGGACCUACUGGUUGCUCGGAGAGAGCACAGCGACUGCGCAGGGGGGCAACGGUGACAACGCCGGAGAGAAGCAGGGGGUGGAGUAAAGGACGAAGUGAGGACAAGCCGCACGCCUGGAAAAAAAAAAUGAUACGACACGCCCCCCAGUAAUCACGCUCUAUGUAGUCAGCGGUGUCUCAGACAAACGGAGGCUGUCUGUAGAGUGCCACUCCCCCCCCACCCACUCACGCCCCCCCACCCCAGUAGUUCCCGUUUGGAUGGCCCCCAUCAGUCGCUCCUGUUUUCCUGACCGGAUGUUUCCGUCGACCGUGCUGUGACGACAUUGUUUCUUGCCGAGUGGCCAAUCUUGCCCUGAGAAUUUCCAGAAACUGAACCAUCUGGAGGACGGCGAUGUGGCAAUCGCUAGUUUGUGUCAAUUCAUUUUUUUAAUUUUUUUUUUCGCCUUCAGGAUGGAUUUUGUGAGUAGUUCAGCCUCAGAUUGUGGAAUGAUAUUUGUACUGAAAAAAAAUCAUUAGUUCGUGCUGCAUUUCAAAGCCUUUCAUUUUAGCGAUUUUAUUCUUUUUACAAGAAUUUACAUAAAUACUGUUGCCACUCCAGCAUUCAUCACAAUAUAGCACUUUUGCCAUUGCACAUUAAUCUGCUGAUAUUUUUCUGCAGUACACACUCAUUUCCUGCCUGUUCUAAUAAAAGCUUAUCCCAAUCAAUGCUCAUCAAAGCCUGUUGACCGCUCCUCAACUGUCAAGCCAAAAUGAAACAGGGUACCACCUCAUACAAACGGACAGCUCUUCGGACUUGUGUCUCACUGUGGACAGUGCCACCCGGUGGAUAACCAUUGUAAAUGCCACAAAUGGACAAAAGUAUAUUUUUGCUGGGGGGGAUUUCAGUCGUCGUGUCAGUGACCCCCCCCACCCACACCCCCCCUUUCAUGACAUCCUCUUCCCCGAAAGAUAUCCUUCCCAUGGGCCACUGGAUAAUAACUUGGAGCCAACAGGCUGCAGGUUAUGCAAAACAGAGAGGCUGUAUCUCUCUAGACUGGUGUUCAGCAAUAUUCUCCAGAAUGUUCUUAACGCUGUGUUCCGUGACUGGGGAAUUCAGUCCAUCUGAGAAGGUAAUGAAAAGCAUAUCUCCUUUGUCACGAGUGCGAGACUCUACGGGCUGAAAUUCACAAACGGCAAAUGAUUAAAUUAGAUUAGACUUGUGACUCACAUGCUCAGUGAAUCGUACGGUCGUUUUGUUUUUAUUUACUUUUCACUUGUUGCUGUGACUAGUGCUGUUGUGUGGUCACUGUAAGCAUUGAGGGGGGAAAAAGGAUGUCAUUUAUGUCCAAAUUUGUAUUAUCUGUACACAUCCCCCAGGUUGUGUCUUCUUCUGUUCAGUUGUGUUUGGUCUUUGUAAGUAGUACAAUUUUGACAGCUGUGUCUGGUAUUUGAACUUGUGUUGUUUGUUUUUGCACAUACGAUGGUGAGUUUUGGCCUAAAUAUGCUCCCUUGACUCUCAGUAUGAGGCACAGGUGUAUUCUAUGGCAGGAUGGGGGAGCAGGAUUCUUUCUUGGAGCUGGUUUAGUGUACCUUUUCUAGCAGUCAGCCAAUUUUACGUCCAAUAAAAUCGAUGCAAAUUGC